GCUUGAUCGACCAACAACCUCACCGACGAGUGAGUGGAUUUGCGAACGCAUCCUGUAGCGCACUUCCGCAAUGGCGGCAGGUGAAGCCACCUCGCUUCGCGCCGACUCACCCGUCUCUCAAGACUCCACUCGCAUCACGACCUUUACCGAGUCCAGUUUCUUCAAGGAGCGUCCCACAUGGAAGCUCCCCUCCCCCGCAGAGAUCAGGGCGCUAAACAAAGAGUCUGGGAACAGGAGGGCCGAGGAGUUGAGCAGACCAUCGCCUGUGACUGUGCCGUCACUCGGACUAUUCGUCAAGUACGGAGCCGAUGUAACAGUCGCCGAGGUAGAAACCCAGAUCCGGAUGCGCGAGCUGCUGCAAGGGCGAGUUCCUAUCCCCGAGGUCUUUGGCUGGGCCGACGACGGAGGCCAAAGGUUUAUAUACAUGUCCCUCGUGGACGGCGACACCCUUCAAGCAAGAUGGGGCGGCAUGAGCGAAGGUGAGCGCGUGGCUGUGUGCCAGGAGCUGCGGUCCAUGGUCGCUGCAUGGAGGGCUCUACCACAAGAGGGGUGCGAGCCUUAUGUCGGAAGUCUGGGCCAGCGUCGUCUGAAUGACAUUCUCCUCUGGUAUCGGCCAAACUUCGCAGGGCCAUUUCUCGGCGCAGACGCAGUCUCGCAGUUCCACGAUGCAUGCGGAAUUAUGAUUGACGAAAACGUUCCCAUCACGUUCGCCCAUGCAGACAUUUGCCCUCCCAACGUUCUGCUGACGGAGGGUGCUGACCCCAAGGUGGCUUCCGUGAUUGACUGGGGCCAAGCCGGUUGGUAUCCGUCAUACUGGGAGAAUUGCAAGCGCGGGUGGUGGACGCCCUCCCUCAUCAGUUCGACCCUCGUCUACAGAAGGAGUGGCAUACCAAGUAUGUCCCGAUGAUCAUGGACAUGGUGGAUGAUGAAAAGUACCACCACCCCUGGUUCUAUUUUGGACUAUCCAACGGGUUCUGAUGUGUUGAGCCGUGCUGAGCCGGACGGAGGUUUGUUUGUUGGGGUUGAAGCAGCCGUUUGAGAUGCAUGGACGAGCCCCCAUGAUGGUGGUAGGUACGCACCCUCGGUAGGGAACAAGAUGGAUAUGGUCAUGCAAGUACGAAGUACAGUACGUAACAAAGAAGUUGGUUUUGCUGCAGAUGGGCAGCAGCCGCAGCUGUGGAC